AUGGAGGGAGUGAACCAGUCGCUGGCCAUUUCUCUAGACUCCCUGGAGCGUGGAGAGAAGACAGAGUGUGGGGAUGCCUGGGAAGCCAGACCCUUCUCUCAGCCCCAGCAGGUGCUACUUAUCACACUCAGGUUGCUCAGCAGCAACAACUGGGAGCAGCAGAUGAAGGGGCUCUUUGACAUCAGACACUUGGCUAUCUGCCACUCAGAAAUCCUUCUCUCUAGACUGCAUGAUGUUUCUGUGGCAAUUACCAAAGAGGUAAAAAAACACCACUCAAAGGUGUCUGGCUGUGUGGUCGUCACUCUUGGAGAGCUCUUCAAGACCUUGAGGAAGCAGAUGGACCAUGAGGUGGAUAGGAUUGCUUCAGUCUUGAUUCCGAAGUUAGGGGACUCCAGCAAGUUAAUCCGGGAAGCAGCUGAUCAGUCUCUAGGAGUGAUGGUGGUGAACGUGACUACUGCACACGCAAAAACUGCUCUCAUGGCUACUGGAGUCGGGCACUGCAACGCCCUGGUGUGGAAGUGCGCGGCCAAACCCCUGCUGACCGUGAUGGGGCACAUGGGAGCUGAGAAGCUCCUGUCGGACACGUGCGGCAGGACCCGGCUGCUGCUGUGCGCGCUGAAAGUCCCUCACACCUCAGUUGGCACUGUGGAAGACACUGGACAGCUCCUGGGGCUUAAAGGUCUCCUGACAGCCCAGGAGUUUCAGUCACGAAUGAAGGGACUGGCACUCCUCCUGGAUCACUGCAAAAGCAACCCCCAGUUAAUUUCCAGUAACAUUUUCCAGAUUUUUGGUGUUUUGGUCCUGACACUUCAGGACUCCCACAAGAGAGUGAGCCAGCAGGCGCUGGAGGUGUUUGCUGUAAUAAUACCCAUAGUCAGAGGUGCCCUAAAGCCAGUGAUGCCCCAUCUCAUGACAGCAGUCCUUAGCAACCUGAACUCGAAGGACUCAGGGAUUUAUGCCAUGGCUGUGAAGGUGUUGGAAGCAAUCUAG